AUGGCCAACUCACCUGAGUCUAACCCCCAGGCAGGUCUCCCACGACUCGAAUACCCCGUUUCAAUCGGCCGGAAGUUUGACGCUGAUGGAAAAGUACUGCCUUUUCCCGGAAACACAAUCAUCUGCCAUCUCUCUCCAGACCAUGCUUUGUACCGCGCGACGCUAGGUCUGCACGACGCACUUGAAAGCCACAAGCUUGCGUCACUAUACACCUUAUUGCCGCCCGAAAGCUGGCACAUGACUGUCUUCGAAGGCGUUACCGAUCAGACUCGGAAGCCCCAUGCCUGGCCGGCAGAUUUGCCUCUCGACGCCCCUCUGGAUAGGUGCACAGAUCUCUUCAAGGAGAAGCUCAAAGGCUUUGAUUUCGACAGCGAGCCGCCAUUUCAACUGACCGUCGUUGGCUACGAUCCAUUGAUAGACGGUAUUGCUUUGACAGUCGUCCCGGCGAGCGCCGCCGACGAAGCCAGGCUUCGCGGUCUUCGCGAUCGCCUCUCCGAGCUCCUGCAGUUGCGCCAUCCUACCCACGACUGGUAUUCCUUCCACAUCAGUCUCGCGUACAUACUACGCCGUCUGGAUAAUCAGCAGCAUCAGGAGCUUCGGGAUUUUCUGGAGGAAUAUCGUCCCAAAUUGCCCCUUCAUUUCGAACUGGGGGCCCCGGAAUUCUGCACCUUUGAGGACAUGUUUGCUUUCAGUCGGCGUUUCUACUUGGGGAAAAGGUCCUGA